AUGGAGGUAGAACAAAGCAAAUCAAAGUGUCAAGUGCACGGGGAAAUUCUGGAUGUGACCUCAGAGGAGCAGACUGUUCACGUUCUGAAGAAAAUCAUCUCGACUUAUGGGCGCAUGGACUUCUUCUUUGCCAAUGCCGGCAUUGGAGGCUAUAGGUCACUUCAAGAUACCAAUGCAUCAUAUUACGACAAGGUGGUCUCCGUCUUGCAAAGAUCGACUUUCUUGGCUAUAAGGUAUGCGGGCCAAGCAUUGAGCGUCACUUCGACUGACAAAACUCGACCGGGAGGCUCCAUCAUUGCGACAAGUUCGAUUGCAGGAGUUGCCGGCGCUGUGUCAGACAUCUCCUACUCCGCCAGUGCCAUGGUGAAGUAUGGAUCCGUUCAGCUUUCUGCCUCAAACGUGCGCGUCAAUGCAGUGGCCCCAGGUUUCGUCAGAACCAGCAUCACGGCCACUACGCGAAACGUCUUAGCCGGCAGUUUCGACACCUCGAAGCUCAGUAAGGAAGAGGCAUUGAGCUCAUUCAAAUCCGAUCUAGGUGAUCUCAUUGAGGGGUCUCAAUAUUAUUAUCAGCGUGUUGCAGAGCCAGAGGAGAUUGCAAAUAUCGGUGUGUUCCUUGCGUCACACCUUUCGGCUUCCAUCAAUGGUCAGAACAUUGUUGCGGACAGUGGCAAGACUGUUGCCGCCCUUGGGGAGACAGUCAUCGGACCCAUUUCCCCGAUGGUGCCAUUCUAA